CCCUGCGUCUCGGCCAUGGCCUCACGCCUCUGCCUGUGCCUCCUGCUCGCCGGGGCCGCCGCCGCCACGUCGCCGGGCCGCCUGGUUCCCUAUGACCUGCUGUACGCGGACGGCGUGCGGGCGUACUUCGCCCGGGACUGGGCGCGGGCGGCCGAGCUGCUGCAGCGCGCCCUCCACAGCUACGCGGGGCUGCGGGCGGCUCUCCGCGCCUGCCGCGCCGCCUGCCGCCGGGAGGCGGCUUUCCUCGGCGGGCCGCCGGGGGCCGGGCUGUGGGAGGCUGCCCUGUUCGGCCCGGUGCUGCAGCGCGCCGACUGCCUCCAGCACUGCCUGGGGCGCCGGCUGGGCGCCGCGCCGUCCGCCCACCGCGCCAGCCGCACCAUCCGCCGGGACUUCGAGCGUCGGGAGCCCUACAACUACCUCCAGGUGGCUUUCUUCCAGCUCAAGAAGCUGGAUCAGGCCGUAUCCGCCGCUCACACCUUCUUCGUCGCUAAUCCGCAGCACCUCCAAAUGCGGGAGGACAUAGAGAAGUACCGGCGGAUGUCAGGGGUGAGGUCGGACAACUUCCGAGACCUGGAGGCCACGCCACACUGGGAAGCAUAUGAGGCUGGGGUGCAGCAUUACGAUGCAGAUGAGUACUUGCAGGCUGUGGCCAGGCUGGAGGAGUCGCUCACAGAGGCGCUGUCAGCACUGGAAGAGUGUCGUGCCCUGUGUGAAGGGCCUUGGGAGGAUGAGGAUAACGAGGAGGAGGAGGAGAUGCAGCCUGGCUUGUAUGAAGCCAUUGCAGCCCAUUAUAUUCAGGUUUUGAAGUGCAGACAGCAGUGCGUCCUUGAAAUUGCCACAAAGCCAGGGCGGAUUUCUGCCACAGAGGAUUUCAUCCCUUCUCAUCUCGAUUUACUGCAGUUUGCCUAUGAUCAAGUUGGGAACCAGGCACUGGCUGCUGAAUGUGCUGCUUCCUACUUGCUCUUCUAUCCCACGGACGAGCCAAUGUUGGAAAAGAUGAACCAGUAUCUCACAGAACUGGGAGAGGACACAGCUAUCACAGCCAGAGAGAGUAUUCAACAUUAUGUGCAGAGAUCUUUGAUGGAGAAGAAGUUGAUUUAUUAUGCAGUGGAGCAUCUAGGAGGAACUUUUAAUGACCCUGAUCUUUGGACUCCAGAUGAGCUGAUUCCUGAAAACCUGAAGGAGAAACACAGAGAGGAUCAGGAGAAGCAAAAGCAGGAAACUCUGGAUGUGGAAGAGAGGGAUAAGAGGGGGCCUUUGCCUUUUGAGGAUAUUGCUGUCACGAUGGAUUCCCACCAGAUGAAUGGGACCCAGAGGGUUGUGUUUGACAGAGUGUUGACGGAGUCUGAGUGUAAGGACCUUCUCCGGCUGACAAAGGCAGCAGGAGAAGCAGGAGAUGGCUACCGGGCAAGACGGUCACCUCAUACCCCACAUGAGAGAUUUGAAGGUUUAACUGUUCUGAGGGCCAUGCAACUGGCCCAAAAUGGGGACGUGGACUGGAGAGACGCCAAAUUGCUUCUGCAGGCCAGUGAGAAAUCACGGAAAAUCAUAGAAUCCUAUUUUACUCCUGGAAAGAAACUGCAUUUCUCCUUCACGCACCUUGUGUGCCGCACAGCCGUAGAUGAGGAACAGGAAGGUCGCAUGGAUCUUAGUCACCCUGUCCAUGCUGAUAAUUGUCUCUUGGAUCCUGAGGGGCAAGAGUGCUGGAAAGAGCCACCUGCCUAUGUGUACAGGGACUACAGUGGCAUUCUCUAUCUCAAUGAUGACUUCCAAGGUGGAGGCCUUUUCUUCACUGAAAUGGACACUGUGACUGUCACAGCCGAGGUGCACCCUAAGUGUGGGAGGCUGGUAGCCUUCAGCUCUGGCAAGGAGAACCCCCAUGGUGUCUGGGCAGUGAGCCGUGGAAGGCGCUGUGCCAUUGCUCUCUGGUACACACACUCCCAGGAGCACGCUGAGCAGGAACGGGUGAAGGCAGAGGAGCUGAUAGAGCAGAGGGCUGUGGAGCAGGACCAGACUGAUAGAGAAGAACGUCAAGGAGCUGAUGGCAGUGGCAGAUCCUCCUCAGAGACUCCUGUUCCCAGCAGUGAAACCAGGGCCAAAUCUGAGAGGGGGAGGAGGGGUCUGGGGUCUUUCAGCAAGGGCCGUCUUCACAUUCAGGAACUUAAACCAGAAGCCUCUGAGUUUCCUAGGCACCUGCACACUCCAGAACCUCGCAACUGGUCUGAGAAGGAGAAGGUGAGGAACUGUAACUCUAUGGAAUAAAAGCAAAAUGCUGGACACA